CAGUAUCUCUACCACAUGCGUCUGUCUGAUGAGACCCUGCAGGAGAUCUCUAAGCGGUUCCGCAAGGAAAUGGAAAAAGGGCUUGGAGCCACCUCGCACCCCACGGCUUCAGUGAAAAUGCUGCCCACCUUUGUGAGGUCAACUCCGGACGGGACAGAACAUGGAGAGUUCCUGGCUCUGGACCUUGGUGGGACUAACUUCCGUGUGCUUCGGGUGAGAGUCAUGGACAACGGGCUCCAGAAAGUGGAGAUGGAGAACCAGAUCUAUGCCAUCCCUGAGGACAUCAUGCGAGGCAGUGGCACACAGCUGUUUGACCACAUUGCCGAGUGUCUGGCCAACUUCAUGGAUAAGCUACAAAUCAAAGACAAGAAACUCCCGUUGGGGUUCACAUUCUCAUUCCCUUGCCAUCAAACAAAGCUAGAUGAGAGUUUCCUGGUCUCAUGGACUAAAGGGUUCAAAUCCAGUGGUGUGGAAGGCAGAGAUGUGGUUGAUCUGAUCAGAAAGGCCAUCAAGAGGAGAGGGGACUUCGAUAUUGACAUUGUGGCUGUAGUGAACGACACAGUUGGGACCAUGAUGACCUGUGGCUAUGAUGACCAAAAUUGCGAGAUUGGUCUUAUUGUGGGCACAGGCAGCAACGCCUGCUACAUGGAAGAGAUGCGCCACAUCGACAUGGUAGAGGGUGACGAGGGCCGCAUGUGCAUCAACAUGGAGUGGGGGGCCUUCGGGGAUGACGGAGUUCUUGACGACAUCCGCACUGAGUUCGACAAUGAGAUCGACAUGGGCUCCCUGAACCCUGGGAAGCAGCUAUUCGAGAAGAUGAUCAGUGGCAUGUACAUGGGGGAGAUUGUGAGACUGAUCCUGGUGAAGAUGGCCAAGGAGGAGCUGCUCUUUGGCGGGAAGCUCAGCCAGGAACUCCUCGCUACAGGCCGCUUCGAGACCAAAGAUGUUUCGGACAUUGAAGGGGAGAAGGAUGGCAUCCGGAGGGCGCGCGAGGUCCUGGUGCGGCUGGGCUUGGAGCCGACGCAGGAGGACUGUGUGGCCACUCACCGGGUCUGCCAGAUCGUGUCCACGCGCUCAGCCAGCCUGUGUGCAGCCACGUUGGCAGCUGUGCUGCGGCGUAUCAAGGAGAAUAAGGGCGAGGAGCGGCUGCGCUCCACCAUCGGUGUGGACGGCUCUGUCUACAAGAAGCACCCGCACUUUGCCAAGCGACUUCACAAGGCUGUACGGCGGUUGGUGCCUGACUGUGAUGUCCGCUUCCUUCGCUCCGAGGAUGGCAGUGGCAAGGGGGCAGCUAUGGUGACGGCUGUGGCCCACAGGCUGGCCGACCAACAGCGAGCUCGCCAGAAGAUUCUGGAAGCUCUGAAGCUGAACCGAGAGCAGCUGCUGGAGGUCAAGAAGAGGAUGAAGGUGGAAAUGGAGCGAGGGUUGAGCAAGGAGACUCAUGCCAUGGCCCCUGUAAAGAUGCUGCCCACAUACGUGUGUGCCACACCUGAUGGCACAGAGAAAGGUGACUUUCUGGCCUUGGACCUUGGGGGUACCAAUUUCCGUGUCCUGCUGGUGCGUGUACGGAACGGGAAGCGCCGGGGAGUGGAGAUGCACAACAAGAUCUAUGCCAUCCCACAGGAGGUGAUGCACGGCACUGGAGAUGAGCUCUUUGACCACAUUGUGCAAUGCAUUGCGGACUUCCUGGAGUACAUGGGCAUGAAGGGCGUGUCCCUGCCUCUGGGAUUCACCUUCUCCUUUCCCUGCCAGCAGAACAGCCUGGAUGAGAGCAUCCUUCUUAAGUGGACAAAAGGCUUUAAGGCGUCCGGCUGUGAAGGAGAGGAUGUGGUCGCUCUGCUGAAGGAGGCCAUCCACCGACGAGAGGAAUUUGACCUGGAUGUGGUUGCUGUGGUGAACGACACCGUGGGGACAAUGAUGACUUGUGGCUAUGAAGACCCGCACUGUGAAGUGGGCCUCAUUGUGGGCACUGGCAGUAAUGCCUGCUACAUGGAGGAGAUGCGGAACGUGGAGCUGGUAGACGGGGAGGAGGGGUGCAUGUGCGUCAAUAUGGAGUGGGGUGCCUUUGGGGACAACGGCUGCCUGGACGACCUCCGCACCAAGUUUGACACGGCCGUCGAUGAGCUCUCCCUCAAUCCUGGAAAACAGAGGUUUGAGAAAAUGAUCAGUGGCAUGUACUUGGGUGAGAUUGUCCGUAACAUCCUCAUUGAUUUCACCAAGCAUGGGCUACUAUUCCGUGGCCGAAUCUCAGAACGACUCAAGACAAGAGGAAUCUUUGAAACCAAAUUUCUCUCUCAGAUUGAGAGUGACUGCUUGGCCCUGCUGCAGGUCCGUGCCAUCCUGCACCACCUGGGGCUUGAGAGCACCUGUGACGAUAGCAUCAUUGUCAAGGAGGUGUGCACCGUAGUGGCCAGGCGGGCGGCUCAACUCUGUGGAGCAGGCAUGGCUGCCGUGGUGGACAAAAUCCGAGAAAACCGUGGGCUGGAGACUCUCAAAGUAACAGUGGGCGUGGACGGGACUCUGUACAAGUUGCAUCCUCACUUUGCAAAAGUCAUGCAUGAGACGGUCAAGGACUUGGCUCCAAAAUGUGAUGUGUCGUUCCUGGAGUCAGAGGAUGGCAGUGGGAAGGGAGCCGCCCUCAUCACCGCUGUAGCCUGCCGGAUCCGUGAGGCUGGACAGAGAUAGGGGCACUGCCAUUUG